CACGCUGUCACGCUCACAGCACACCACUCGCACUCGAGUGAGGCUGUCAGUCGGUGAGGUACGUCCUAUUUUCAGUAUGCCAAGCGAAUUCAGUUACGUAUGUGUUGUGCUAUACGAAGUCAACGUGUUUCUAAUAUUUUGUUUACUUUCAAUGCGUGUUCAGUAACGUUCUUGCUGAUGCAUCUUGCCCCGAUUGCACCAAACUAUGUGUGCUUUACAGUGCAGUGAACAACCAAAUAUAUGAAUUCUUACAGUGUUUGUUUACAAAUCAAAGAUGAUACAAUUCCACCGCGACUCGGGUGCUGUAUUGAGUACUGACAAUUGCUUUAGAAAGUUCAAAUAUCCUGGGUGUUUAAAUCUAGUGGCUCACUGAAACACUCGAGAGUGCAAGUGGUUGGUGUCAUCAGAACGUCAAAUGUGUAGUGUAACGAUUGCCGAUGAUUGUGCCUGAGUGUGGCUGCCGGAAUCGUGUGCCCGACGAGGAUGGCUUCCAUGGCGCCACCGGAGUCGCCAACGGAGUCUACAGAAAGGCACGAGUCAGAUCUUUACACAAGACCUGGUUGGGUCGACGCAGAUAUCGCUAUAGGCCAACUGGAUCAGGGAAAGGCCCAUGGCGACCGUGGAAUUUUAUGGGUUCGGGGGCAGAUUCAGAGACAGUUACACACGCUAGGCAACAUUCUCGACAUUCAUGCCGGGAAGGUCCUCUUCGUGAGCAUACUGGCCAUCGCCACCUUCUCCGUGGGACUGAAGAGCAUGACUUUUCAUUCCGAUAUCGAACUGCUUUGGGCCGAACCGUCGACGACACCCCAGUCUACUCCUGCAGAAUUACUUUCCACGCAUCAGAUGGUAUUGCAAACAAGUAUCGACCCAGAUGUGAAACUUCUUCGCCCCCGUGGCCUCCUUGAACACUUAGCCCUUGUACAACAAGCGACCCAGGUUACUGUGACGAUGUUUGAUAUCACAUGGCGUCUAAAAGACUUCUGUCAAUCUCCUAGUAUUCCAAAUUUUGAUGCCUACUACAUCCAGCAGAUGUUCGAAAAUAUGAUGCCGUGCUCCAUUGCAACGCCACUGGAUUGUUUCUGGGAAGGAUCAAAAUUACUGGGUCCCGAAUAUCCAGUUAAUAUACCUUAUAUAAGUGGAAACCCAAUAAAAUGGACAAAUUUGAAUCCCAUCGAGUUGGUUUCCCAAAUAAAACGGAAAGAGUCCCACUUUGAUUACCAUUCUUUGGAAGACUAUUUUAAACGAGCAGGAAUUACCACAGGUUACCAGGAGAAACCGUGUCUGAAUCCGCAAGAUCCAGAAUGUCCAGAUACCGCCCCUAAUAAAAAUCAAACGCAUACACUGGACAUUGGAGCAGAGUUAACCAGCGGAUGCUACGGUUUUGCACCAAAAUAUAUGCAUUGGCCUGAAGAUUUGAUAGUCGGUGGCAUGCAGAAAAAUAAAUCUGGUCAUAUUGAAGAAGCCAAAGCAUUGCAAACUGUUGUACAAUUAAUGGGCGAGCACGAGCUGUAUGAAUUUUGGUCUGGUCAUUUUAAAGUUCAGCAUACAGGUUGGAGUAAAGAAAAAGCUACGACUGUUAUUCAUGCAUGGCAGAAGAAAUUUUUUCAGGAAGUGGAGCGGUUGUCAAAGGGCAAAAGUGCAUCGUCAUCAUAUAUCUUUUAUACCUUCUCAACAGCAAAUGUAAACAAAAUUCUCAAGGAAUAUUCACGAUCGGACUUAGUAAAAUUAGGUAUAGUGUUGGGUUCGACAUGUGUGUAUGGGUGGAUAGCCCAUUCGGGAAUCGCAACUUUGGGUGUUCUAGUCUUAGCAAGUUCCGCAACAGCUGCGUUAGGUGUUUGUAGCCUCGUCGGUUUGCCAAUGAACCUUUUAAGUACUCAUGUGUUACCGUUUAUAACUGUAGGACUGACUAUGAGAGAAAUGUUUCUCAUUUUAUCGACACAUGGAAGAAACCUUUCACCAUCAGAAGUGUUACAAAGAACGGGGCCCAGUAUUAUUUCAUCAGCACUUAUUAAUUCUGGUUCAUUUGUAAUUGCCGCACUUUUACCGAUACCCGCAUUACGUGUGUUUUGCCUCCAGUGCGCUAUCAUGAUUGUGUUCCAAGGAACUGCUCUGCUCAUAAUGUUUCCAUCCUUUCUUGCUCUAAAACAAAGAUGCCAGAAAGCCAAUGUUCCGUGUUUUCGGUCCGAGAAGUCUCAAGCAGUGAACAAUAACAACAAUGCUGAUGUGUCUGUUGAAUGA